UGAUUUUAAUAUUAAUAUUGGCCAACAACAACUACUACUACACCAUAGUUGGUGACUAGUUCACAGCUACUUCCAUAAUUGACUUGCGUUGCGUGAAGCACCUAUUAGCUAUACCUUGAUGAGAGUAAUGGUUAUUGUUAUUGAGAUCUCCACCUAGAACUAGAAGCUACCUCUCUCCUUCUUCUCCUUUCAUAUAUAUCUUUCACUCUCACAGUCUCACUCCAUUAUUUCCACUCAUCCACUUCUCAAAAUGAGCACGCAGCAGCUAAAGAGGUUCAACUCAAUGGAACGCAGACCCAGAAUGCUGAAGGACUUCCUCAGCGAGAAUCUAAACUCUUGCUCCUCAACUGGCUUCAAAUCACUCCCUAGAAAACCAAACACCACCAUGCACACGCUCAUGCAAAUGGAACUCAAAUCACCAUCACCAUCACCAUUUCAAACACUCAUCAACACCAUAAGAAGCAUCUCUCUCUUCACCUCGAUGAGAAAAUCAUCGCCCUCCGUCCUCUCCCUCCCCAGAACCCUCUCGCGCAAGCUGUCAUCAUCUUCCAGAAGAAGAACCCGAGCGUGCAACCAAGUCAACAUAGGAUCAACGGUCAAGAUCAAGGACAUCAUACGCUGGACAUCGUUCAGGGACGCUGUGGAGCCUUCUCUUCCGCCGUUGGAUUUCGCCUCCUCUACCACUACCACAAUCACCACCACCGCAACCACCACUUGCUGCAGCAGCGCCUCUAGCUGGAGCGAGAGCGAUUACUUCGCCACUUCGUGGGAAGAACCGCAAAACGACGGCGUUGAAAGUAAAACCUUCUCGUUUUCACCUCUUGUUGUCGGCAAAGACUCCGGGGCCAAGAAAGUUUUAACUUGCCAAGAAGAACAACACAGUCCAGUUUCAGUUCUUCAGGUUGGAGAAGAUGAAUUCUCACUUUUUGAUCAAAGCCUUGCCAAUAUUGAAAGGAGAAAACAGAAGUUUAUUCAGACAGUUGAAAAAUUGGAGAGCCUUGCAAAAUUUGACCUUGCAAAUUUUGACCAAUGUCUCUCAUUAGAUGACAACUCUGGCUAUGAUGAAGAAUAUGAAGAUGAAGACAGUGACAUUGAAGGACAAGAUUGGAUUGAGGAAAAGGCAAAGCAGCUGCUACAUUUUGUGAAAUCCAGAGGUUCAGCACAUGGCUGUAGGGACUAUUUGGAUACCAUUCUGUUGGACUUUUUCAGGGAAGAGCUAAGUGGAAGUAGAAACCAAAAUAAGAAUGAUGAGGAGUUUGAGUUGGAGUCAUUGAGAAUAGCUGAGGAUUGGAUAAAUGGGUCAUUUGCUUUUGAUGCAGGGAAUGCUAAUAAACAUGCUUUUAUUAAGGACAUGGAUAGAAGAGAACAGUGGAGUAGAUUUAAGGAGGAGCAGGAAGAAUUGGCUUUUGAAAUUGAGACAGCUAUAUUGCAUAGUUUGGUUACUGAGCUAGUGGACCUGGAUGGUUAAUAGUUGCCCUUUUCAAAGUUCAAAUCAAGUUCUCUACUUCUUUAAGAUUUCUGGGCCUUUAGCCUCAUUUCUCAACAGAAGUGAUCUGGGCUUACUUUCCUUGUAGCACUUGAAGCCCAAAUCAGAAAAGUAGGUCUUCUCUUACUGCACUCAUUUAGAUCUACCAACCAGACCAGAAAAAUAAGGGUACCUAGUUACCAAGUGCAAAGGGAUGCCUUCUUUUGUGGUAACUAAGGACAAAAGUCAGAGUUUGGUGAGCUUUGGAUACUCUUAUGUGAAGGGUAAUCAGAUGCUAGUGGACAUGAGUACAUGAUGGGGUUGUGCUGUACUCAAAUUUAAUUAUGACUUAGAUUUUGGACUUCGGAAUGUAGCAAAUUAAAUUGGUGGAUUUAAAGGCAUAAUCAUGCCUACUUUUGUUAAGUUACAGUACAGGUACAUGGAAGUCUUUUGAUUGAUCCACAUAUCUGUAAAGAAGUUAAUUAAUCAACAUUUAGCACUUCCUAAUGUUGAAAAUAUUCCGGUUCAAAUAUAUAUCCUUUAUACAAUUACAACUGAAAUAGAAUAAGAGUGUUAAAAGAA